AUGGAUGAGCAAACGGGGAGCAAUAUCGUCUCUGUGGGGGUCGAUCUGUCAGAAUUCUACAUGUCAGUUGAAUGGGAUAUUCUUGAGGUGCCUGCUGUAAGAUCUGGACAGACAUUCGGCCACACCACCACCUGUGAAGUGAAAUGUGGCCUAUUGGAGGUUACCUCUGUCCAGGAGAUACCUGUUCAGCCGCCACUUGAAUGA